CAAAUUCUUUUCAUCUUUAAUCUGUGGCAAUAGUGUGUGGUUGAAAAGAUUUCGGUGAAUUAUAAGAUUUAGCUCCUAAUAAUUUCAAAAACUAAAUCUCCAAAAUGGCUCUUCACAUACCUAAGGCACCGGGUAUCCCACAAAUGUUGAAAGAGGGGGCACGGAUGUACUCUGGCUUAGAAGAAGCAGUGUACCGCAAUAUAAAUGCUUGCAAACAAUUCGCACAAAGUGUACGAUCUGCAUAUGGUCCUAAUGGAAUGAAUAAGAUGAUCAUUAAUCACAUCGAUAAACAGUUUGUGACAAGUGAUGCAGGCACCAUUAUACGAGAGCUGGAUGUGGAACACCCUGCGGCCAGGCUUAUGGUGUUGGCUAGUCAGAUGCAAGAUGCAGAAGUCGGUGAUGGUACCAAUUUCGUAAUUGUGAUAUCUGGCGCCUUACUUGAAGCUGCAGAUGAGCUUUUACGUCUCGGAGUUACAACCAGUGAAAUUGCAGAAGGAUAUGAAAGGGCCCUCGAUAAAUGCUUAGAAAUCCUCCCUGAACUUGUUUGUCACGAAAUCAAAGAUUGUAAAAAUGUUGAAGAGGUUAUCAAAUGUAUCAAGCCAGCAAUAAUGUCCAAACAGUAUGGAAAUGAAGAUUUUAUUGCCAGUCUUGUUGCUAGAGCAUCAGUGGCAAUCCUGCCUGAUAAAACUACAUUCAAUGUAGAUAACGUCAGGAUAUGCAAGAUCCAUGGAGCCGGUCUACUACAAUCAGAAGUCCUUUCAGGCAUGGUGUUCAAAAGAGAAGUUGAAGGAGAUGUAACAAGUGCCUCAAAAGCUAAAAUUGCAAUUUACUCAUGCCCCGUUGACAUCACUCAAACAGAAACAAAGGGCACAGUGCUCAUCAAGUCAGCCGAUGAGCUUCUAAACUUCAGCAAGGGAGAGGAGUCUCUCCUAGAAAAGCAGAUAAAAGAUAUUGCAGACACUGGGGUCAAAGUGAUUGUUGCUGGAGCUAAAUUUGGUGAUAUGGCAUUGCAUUUCCUCAAUAAGUAUGGUAUAAUGGCUGUUCGUCUCAAUUCCAAAUUUGAUCUUCGUCGUCUUGCUAAGACUGUGAAUGGUGUUGUACUGCCAAGAUUGACUACACCAACAGCUCAAGAACUGGGUUUCUGUGAUAUAGUCAGAGUGGACGAGGUCGGAGACACGCGCGUAGUUGUGUUCAACAUGGAGAGCAAGGAGUCCCGCAUCUCCACAGUGGUUAUCAGAGGUUCAACACAAAACUAUAUGGAUGACAUUGAGAGAGCCAUUGAUGAUGGUGUCAAUACAUUUAAAGGCCUUGCUAAAGAUGGAAGAUUUGUUGCGGGAGCCGGUGCUACUGAAAUAGAAUUGGCUCAAAAACUCCUGCAGUAUGCUGAUACACUGCCAGGCUUGGAACAGUAUGCUGUUCGUAAGUUUGCUGUAGCACUGGAGAGCAUUCCACGAGCUUUGGCUGACAACUCUGGAGCAAACGCCACAGAAGUUAUCAACAAUAUCUACAAAGCACACAGGGAAAAUAACAAGUAUGCUGGAUUUGAUAUAGAUUCAGAAAACAAUGGAGUAUGUGAUGCAAAAGAAAAGGGUAUUCUUGAUUUAUAUGUAUUGAAGUACUGGGGCCUUAAAUAUGCUGUUGGUGCUGCAACUACUAUUUUAAAGGUUGAUCAAAUCAUCAUGGCUAAGAGAGCUGGAGGGCCUAAAGCUAAAGCAAAGGCAGACAGUGACGAUGAAUCAUAAUAAUACUUGAAUAUCAACCAGUCCUCCACUGAACUUGUGAUUAUCACAUUGAGUUCAUCACAAUCGUCAUUAUUGGCUGAAUUUACAGUACUCUUGCUUUGCUACAAUAAUUAUGAGUUGGUAACUAAGCCAAUAAGUGAGUGUCAGUCAAUGGGAAGUGAUUGGAAUUAAUAUUUUUUAUAUUGUUGCUGUCCAAGUUCCAGUGCUAGGGCCAGAUUAUUAUACUUGAUAGAAUGAGGAUAUUUUUGUUUAAUUUGAUAAUUAACUUAUAAGUUAUAAUAGUAAUUUUCUAUGUAUGUGAAUGUUUGCUUAUCAUCUUAUUAAGAUGCGUGGUAUAUAACAAUGCUUGAUUAUAACAUAACCUUUAGUUUCCACUUGUCGCUACUCGUUGUCGACACUGAGUAUUAAAAUAUAACUU